ACUGGUGAUUACCAGAGGCCGGGUCUCAUAAGACGGCGCCAUACAUCUCGCCCCGUCUUCCCCUUUUUGUCCUCUUUGUCCUCUUUCGGUUUCCUCUCCACCACCGUCGUCACCCUUACCAUACCGACUACCGAGUGAAACGAUGAAGUGGAAUUCGGCCGCCGCUGUCUUUGGGCUUGUUGCGCCCACCCACGCGCUGCUUCGGUUCGGCUGCUCUCAGCUGACCAUCCAGCGUCUGGACCCCCUGGUUACCCCUGGGCAGAACCCGUCGCCCCAUCUCCACCAAAUCAUUGGAGGAAAUUCAUUCAAUGUAUCAAUGGACUUCCCCUCCCAUGAUCUUGUGAAGCUGUCGACGUGCACCACAUGCCAGUUCACCGAAGACUUGUCCAACUACUGGACCGCUGUCCUCUUUUUCCGUGCUAGGAAUGGAACCUUUAAGCGAGUGCCACAGCUGGCCCAGGCAGGCAUGGAGGGGACCAAGGGCGGCAUGGUCGUCUACUACAUGUCCGACGCCCUCUUUGACACAGCCCAGCGGUCGUCAGUCACGGCCUUCAAGCCCGGAUUCCGCAUGCUCGUCGGCGAGGCGUCGUACAAGGACCGCGAGCAGGCGCGCGACUUCCGCCAGCUGACCUACACGUGCAUGGAGAACCAGGCCAGCCGCUCGCCCGAGACGGUCGGGUUCCCCAAGACGCCGUGCAAGCUGGGCAUCAUGGCCAACCACCGCUUCCCGACGUGCUGGGACGGCGUCAACCUCGACUCGCCCAACCACCGCGACCACGUGGCCUACCCGGAGACGGGCACCUUCGAGUCCGGCGGCAAGUGCCCGUCGACGCACCCGGUCAAGAUCCCCCAGAUCCUGCUCGAGACGGUGUGGGACACGUCCCAGUUCAACCGCAAGGAGGACUGGCCCGAGGACGGCAGCCAGCCCUUCGUCUGGUCCAACGGCGACAGCAAGGGCUUCGGCAACCACGCCGACUACGUCUUUGGCUGGAAGGACAACGCCCUCCAGAAGGCCAUGGACGCCCACACGUACGUCUCGGCGCCCAUGCUCAGGACCCAGAGCAUUUCGGAGCAGAACAAGUGCACCGUGCGCAACAUGGUCAAUGAGAACUUUGAUGGAUGGCUUAAGGAGCUUCCGGGUGGCAACCCCAUCUUCUGAGAGAGACUGCAGUGUUCAGUCCCGCCUAGAUUGGUUGGUUGCAUUUGCGAAGAGCGAUGCUCCUAAUGUAUGUAUUUCGAGUAGUCUCCUGUCGGACGGUUACUACGGGUAGUAUAGUAGCGCCAUUGCCGCCGAAAGCCGAUUCAAAUAUAGGCUGGUCUCCCAU